CCACUUGUGUUUUGCUAUUUAUAGCAUUAUCCCUGGUUGAUGAAUGUUGUAAAAGGCUAUGUAAGGUAGUUUAAAGUAGACCGACCUUACCCAAAAGAACCCGAUCUUUCUAGUUCCGAUGUCCUCUAUUUCCUGUCAUAAUGACUGCUGGUAAAAAUUUACCAACAGAAACUACUCCUAAAAGUGGCGCCAGCCGAGCUAAACUUCCUUCGCGCUGCUCAGGCCCUCCGUGCUAAAGCAUACCAUGCCUAAAAUGCACUGAAGGAUGGUGGUAGCGAGAAAGAACGGACCAGCCGCUGGCUUAAGUAUGAUCCUGUUGCCAAUAGUGCCCUCUCUCUAGUCAAGCUACUCUCGCUCUUGCUCGCUUUGAUCUAGCAUCGUAAACCCGCACCGCAUAAGCCCGAACGUUGCCUUCUGGUAGAGAUGAUGCGAGCAAGCGUCCACAUAUUUCUGGUUUAGUCGUUGCAUCCCGGUAGUCAAAGCGCUAAUAUCCAUGGUCUACGGUUUACGUGUGCACAUCCACCUCACCAUGCUGGGACUUCACGUCAGCCUGUACUCGGUGAGCUAACGGCUGAAACAUAUCCCGGAAUGCAGAGGAGCAGCAUCAAAUGUACGCCCGUCACUAUCGGAGAUCCAGUCUGGAUUCUCGGUAUCGGCGCUUGCACCCUCGUUAACGGCAGUACACCGCCCUUCUCCUUGGCUGGCGAUUUGUUUGCUCACGUAGUCCAGAAGAUAAAUCCACACUCUAAUGCUGAGGACCCCGAGAACUGCAUGAUGGCAACGUCGCGUGAGGCACUAAUGAUUGGUGGAAACAGACCAGGUCUCUAUAAAAGAUAUUACUGGCGUAUAGCAGAGCAAUAAAGCACGUAGAAAGCUCAAGAGACAUGUUUGUAGCAUGGAAGAGGAUAAAAUACAG